GAUUCCGAACCUCGCAAACGCCGUCGGCCGGCCAAAUCAUGCGAGCAGUGUCGCCAGCGCAAAGUCCGAUGUGACCGCAAUGUCCCCUGUGGUCCCUGUAGGCGCUCGCGGUCCUCAGUGGACUGUUCAUAUCGGGAGAACCUCCGUUCCCCGAGCCCAGUCGCGAUUGAGCAGACGUCCCUGCAUGCGACGCAACUGAGUGCUUCGACUGCGGGUCCAGCUAAUCAUGUCCUUCAGGAGACGCAACCACCAAGUCUGACAGCUAAUGCGACUGUGGCAUCACUCUAUCACCCUGAAGUAAGGAACUCAGUAAAUGGACUAGUUCACACACAGGACCCGCCUGCCAAUUCGCAACACGGUUCAUCGGUUCGUCAGCUCCAGGACCGGAUGCAACGUCUAGAGGCGCAGCUGGCGAACUCAUCGACUGGGUCGGAUCAAUCUCUGGAGCGAACCUUGCGAGAUCUGUGCUGCAAGGUCCAGGCAUUGGAGGAACGGCUGUCGUCGCAAGCCACGCAUUCUACCCCGAGAAUGGAGCCGGAAAGAGAAGGGCAUGGAAGGCAGGAACAGAUGUCGACUAUGCCUUCGACACCUCUGCGGCUGGAUGCGAAAGUGAGAAAGAUGAAGCUGUUUGGUCCGACUCAUCAUGUCUAUACAUUGGAGAAGCUUCACAUGCUCGGUUCCCUCGCAGGCAAAGACCCGCAGUCUGCGUAUCCGGAGCGCAAAGCUGAACUGGCGACGCUCAUCAAGGAAUGCCGGAACCUCCGCAAGUCAGUCAAAAAGAGACAGUCUCUGAAACCGAAUGACCCUGUGUCAGACCUGCUCAAUUCGAUACCCGCAAAAGAUGUGUGCGACGAAUUGGUGCGCUGUUACAUGGACACUUUCGAGCCUGUGUAUCGAAUCCUUCACUUGCCGAGUUUUCGAAAGGAGUAUCAUCGGUUCUGGAAGGAACCUCCCGCCAAGGUCACGCCUUACCUUGUUAAAUUGACCUUGGUACUCGCUAUAGGGACUACAUUUCAUCCACGGCGAAGCAAAGCAGGCACUGAACAUGACUCGCGGCUGGUUCAGUCCUGGAUAUACGCAGCUCAGUGGUGGCUCACUGGGCCAACGGAACGGUUGACAUCGAGCCUAGAGGGUAUUCAGGCCGUUUGUCUGCUUCUUCUCGCCCGUCAGAUGGGAGACCUGGGACCGUCUAUCUGGCUGUCACCGGGGUCUCUUCUGCAGGCGGCCACGGCCAUGGGCCUGCAUCUGGACUCUGCCAGAUUUCCCAGCCUGUCACCCUACAUGGCCGAAAUGCGUGCACGUCUAUGGACAACCGUUCUAGAGCUCACAAUCCAAUGCUCCCUGGACACCGCUGUACCACUGAUCAUCCCCGCUUCAUCUGACAGCAAACCCCCUUGCAACCUUAACGACAAGGACCUUGACCCUGACAUGAAACAAGCAACCACAGCCCGACCCAUGUCCGAACUGACGGACUCCUCCAUCCAAUUGCUGCUUCAUGAAUCCUUCUCCCUCCGUGCUGAAGCCGUCAACCUCAUCCAUGACCGUUCAAAUCUGACGUUCACCCAAGCUAUUCAGCUGGGUUCCAAGCUCCGUGAUGUCUGCCAAACCCUAACUAAUUUCUUCUCCUCCCAUAUCCUCGACCUCCACCCGGCCUCCUUCCACCACAAAUUCCUUGACAUGAUCCUCCGCCGAUACAUCCUCCUCCUCCACCUCCCAUUCAUGCGUGAAGCAGCCACCAACCCCCAGUAUCAUUUCUCGCGCAAAGUCUGCCUCGAAUCUGCCAUGAUCAUCGCAUCCUACGCCAGCACCCUGACUCUCCCCGCCACCACCGAUCUCGACGCCUUCGCCCGUCUCCUCAUCUCCGGCCGCGGCUCGUUCCGUGGCCCCUUAAGCCUGGAACUUUUCUCCAUCCUCGGACUAGAAGUGAUUACCCAACUCGACGAAUCCCCUCCUCCUCCUCCUCCUCCUUCUUCGCAGCCCCCCGCCUCCGCCGCCACCUUGACAGCAAGAGCAAUGACUCGAAACCCCCUCGCCGAGCUCGCCCGCGCCACCCGAGCCCCCCUGAUCCAAACCCUCGAGCACAUCCGCGACCAGAUCUUCCAGAUCAUCCGCCUCGGCACCCCGAGUCUCAAGCGCUGUAUCGUCCUCUCGGCGAUGUUGGCGCAGAUCCGCGCCAUGGAGACGGGC